AUGUGCUGUCCAGUUUAACGACCGGUGGUCUUUCAGUUCAUUUUAUUCGUUAACGUAGAAAGCAACUGGCUCGCCCUAAACUUCUUUUCGAAAUUUUCUUUCAGAAUAUGUGCUAAAAUUUUCCCGGAAUAGAAGUGCUCCAAAAUCGUUAGUGAAUUCUAACAAAAAUUAAAAAAAAAAAAAAAGAAAAAAAAAACAUAGAAAGUUUCCAGAUAGACUUCUAUUCUGACAAUUUUUUUUUGUUUAUUUCGGUUUCGGCUAAAAUCGUUAAUUGAAUUUAAGACACAAUGGCGGAGAAUACAGAAUACACGGAUGAGGGCGGCGAGUACGAGGAUGAUGAGAAACAGUUCAUGGAUGAGCACCAAAUGAUGGAGGAGGGGCCGGAAUGUGACCUCUUCUCCAUGCUGGGUGAAUCGUCCGACGAUCCCGAACAGAAGCGCAUGUACAUGGAGUACUUGGCGCUGAUCAAGGAGAUCGACUGCCAGAACCGGAUCAUCCAAGACAUCAAGACCAAUAUCAUGGACAUGUGCGCCAAGCCGUGCAAGACCCGGAAUGAACUGAGAGAAAUCAAGCGUCUGAGAAUCUGUAUGGAGCAGGAGAACAUCAAGCUCCAUACCAUGAUGAACAGGGCCGUUCAGCUGCAGAACUUUGGAAGUCAUCGCCACUACAAGGAGCUACCGAUGACAACGACAGUGGAUGAGGAUAAUCUGUCGCCCUACAUGUGUGGCAUUGGAGCUUGUCCGCAACCAGAUACCGACUCGGAUCCUUGCAACGAAGGCAGCUCUGCUAGUUGUGGAGGCGGUGGUCCUCGGGACAAUGCCGGCCAGGAUGAGAAGCUGAUCUGUGCUCUUCAAACGGCCAUGAAGAAGAUGAAGGGCGCCUGUCCGGAGGACAAGAAAAUGAUUGAGGAGAUCGCUUGCGCCAUUAUGGGUGCAUCCAAAAAGAAGCCGACUUGCAAUCCACCCUGCCCGAAGCCCUGUCCAACCUGCCCACCACCUUGCCCGGAUAGCAGCAGCUCAUCGAGUGCUCCAUGCCCACCCUGCCCGCCGCCCAAACCAAAAUCUCGUCCCUGCCCUCCGCCACCUUGUCCCCCGUCACCGGCUAAAUGCGAGUCCAUGGAGAAGCUGAAGCGACGAAUCCAGAGCAUGCAGUGUUCGGUUAAGAAGCUGCUCCAGGAGGUGAACAACCGGGACGCAUCGGAGCCCUGUGGUGGUGGCGACGAUGACGACGAGGAGGAGGAGGAGGAUCCUUGUGCACGACCCUGCCCACGGCAGCCAUGUCCCGAAGACCCCGAUCCGUUGGUCAUUUGCGGCGGGAAACGAAACACCAAGGCUGACAAGUACGAGAAAAUGAAGGAAAACUAUACCCGGUUGCUGACUGAAUUUCAGCGCAAGGACUGCCAGAUGAAGGAGCUUCAAAAGAGAAUGAAGGGCAUCGUUGGCUCCUGCCCAUCGAAAGGAGGCGACAAUGAUGCUGAUGCCGCUGAGCUGAACCUCCUGCGGGCUCGGGUCAACGAGCUAAAGGAAGAGCAACUGGAGUUCAAGUGUAUCAUGAAGGAGCAAUCGCAGCAGCUGGAGGACUAUCGCAACAAAUACCUGCUGGCGCAGCAGAAGGUGGAGGAGCAGUGCGUCUCUCUUGAGAAAUUGAAUAUGAACAACAAGCGCAUCGAGCAACAGAUCAACACCGAAGUCAAGGAGAUUCGGGCAAAAUUCCAAGAGAAACUCAAUGAGCUCCUUCACUUCCCCAAGCUCCUGGAAAACGAGCAACUCAAGUUGGCCCAGGUGUGCAAGGAAAAGGACGAAAUGCAGACGAAACUGGUGGUGGUUUGCAAGGAGCUGAAGGCCUGCAAGGCCCAAAUGGAGAAUACACCCAAUGUGGACGUUCGUCCCCAGCUGGCCCAGUGCCAGAUGGAGCUAACCCAAGCUAGAAACGAACUAGAGGAGCUUCUCCGGCAGCGAGAUCUCUUCUGCGAACAACUAAAGUCCACCCAGGACGAUCUAGACACUUUGAGAACCGAGUCGGCCAAAAUCAUUGCCGGUACCAAGGAACGGGCCGAACUCAUAAAGCAACAGCAACAGGAUCAGAUCAACCGAUUGGAGAAGGAGCUGGCCCAGUGCCGAGCAACUGCCUCACUGUCUGUCAACGAUCGGGAGGCGGUGAUCAGAGAGAUGCAGGGCCAACUGAACACACUGUCCUACAGCUUCGAUGCCGCCCAGAAACAGAUCAAGACUCUGCGCAAUCAUAUAGCCUAUGUGUCCAAUGAGAAUUGCUUCCCCGUUAAGUGCUAAUCCAUGGAUGUAAACCCAAAACGCACCCUCAUAACACACAUAAAUGUAGGCAGCUCAUUAUUGUACCAGUGCGUUGUAGUGUAUGAGAUGCGUUUACUUUAUCACCUUUUAUAUACCAUUUAAAUUCAUUUGUUACUCCAAAUCCAAGUCAAGCUAAUUAAAAAUAUUAGUUCUUUUCGGUCCAA